CGCCCUCAUCAGGCGCAAUUUGCCCAGCGAUCGGAGGAGAAUUUUGAUUGUUCGGUCCGCUGCGUUAACGUCCGUGUACAUUUCGAGCGGUGGGUGCGCGGACGCGUCCGGACCUCCUCUCAGCAUGCCCCUCAUGUGGAUGUGAAGCGGCCGAGCGAACAUUUGAAGCGGACCAAGUGAAAUGCAUCCCCGGAGCGCUGAACCUGUUCCGCCGCGCACACAAAGCCUGUGAAGCAGGCCGUGUUUUUCCGCACGCAGACACCGCGCCGAUGAUGCUCAAACAUGUCGGGGAAUCACUACAAAGGCCACGAAGUCAGCUGCUGCAUCAAAUACUUCAUUUUUGGAUUCAACAUCCUGUUUUGGCUGCUGGGCAUGGCCUUAGUUGGAAUCGGACUGUGGGCAUGGAGUGAGAAGGGGGUUCUGUCCAACAUCUCGUCCAUCACGGACCUCGGGGGUCUGGACCCGGUCUGGCUAUUCAUGGUGGUCGGGGGGGUCAUGUUCAUUCUGGGCUUCGCGGGGUGCAUCGGAGCGCUCCGGGAAAACACGUUUCUACUCAAGUUUUUCUCUGUGUUCCUGGGGAUCAUCUUUUUCCUGGAGCUGACGACGGGAGUCCUGGCGUUUGUCUUCAAGGACUGGAUUAAAGACCAGCUCAACCUGUUCAUCAACAACAACAUCCGGGCGUACCGGGACGACAUCGAUCUUCAGAAUCUCAUCGAUUUCACUCAGGAAUACUGGGAGUGCUGCGGGGCGUUCGGAGCCGACGAUUGGAACCUGAACAUCUAUUUUAACUGCACUGAUGGGAAUCCCAGCCGGGAAAAGUGCGGAGUCCCGUUCUCCUGCUGCACCAAGGACCCCGCGGAGGACGUCAUAAACACUCAGUGUGGAUACGACAUUCGAGCUAAACCAGACUCGGAGCAGAAGGACUACAUCAACGUGAAAGGCUGCGUGCCGCAGUUUGAGAAGUGGCUGCAGGACAACCUCACCCUGGUGGCCGGGAUCUUUAUAGGAGUUGCACUGCUGCAGAUUUUUGGGAUCUGUCUGGCACAAAACUUAGUGAGCGACAUCGAAGCCGUGCAGGCGAGCUGGGUGCCCCCCCCUCUCUCCAUGCGUCGACUCCCUCCACACUCCGGCAAGAAAGCAUCGGCUUACUACUCAUGAGACACACACACACACGCGCUGUAUGUGUGUUUGUAGCCGUUUCUUUACCUAAUGCUGACGCAGCAUUUCAAUUCUAACAGCUCUGGGCCUUCGAAGACGCCUCCUGGAACACACUGUCAGGCAGUAUUCAGAGGACUUCACCGCUCACCUGCACCGUCGUGUUUACUGAACCAGCACCUUCUUUCAAGGCACUAACAUGUGAAAUGCUCUGUAUAUAACACCGUGUGUGACUACUGUAAAAAGAUCAUCGUUGCAGGGGCUGGAUGAACGUGCACUACACGCAGACCGUCACCAUGCUCCAGUUUUGAUAGCGAUGUGUAGAGAGUAGGCGUUUUGAUACAUCUUUUUUGAUAUUAGAUUGGUAUUUUUCACUGUGGAACUAGCGCUCCAUUGCUACACCCGUCAUGUAGGACUGUUAAAUAGUUGUGUGCAAGAAACUGAGGAUCUGCUCAUUUUAAAGUUAAGUGCUUGCUUUGUGUACCUGUGCACCACUUGUCCUGGUUACACUGGUGGUUCCAGACGUUCUGAAACUCACUUCUGAGCUGAAAGCAGGAUGGCUUUUGUUUUUUUUUUUCUUCCUCAAAAUAACACUUUUAGGAUUUUUGUGUCACAGCAGAUUCCAGGACACCCUCGCCUACAUAAAUUGCCAUUUACUCAAAAACAAGAAUGAUUCCUGCUCAGACUGUCCAACAUCAGGAAAGAUGAUGAGCUUCUGCAGACACUGACUCAUCCAGCAGCAAAGAGGAAAUGACUACAGAGUACUUUUAGCUAUCUUAAUGAGUCACUACUCAAUUAACUGUGGUUAGAUGUGCAGGUCUGGGUAUCAAACCUCACUACUCAUCAAGCACCACAUCCUGCUCCUGGUCAGAUACUUUCAUCAGAUAUUUUCGACUAGUUCAUCAGAUGAAGCUCUUGUUUUGGUUGCUAUAAUUAUUCCUCCUCUCAGCGCUGGCUGUGAAACGAUCCCUUCGCAGCGUGAAAUCCACAGCCCUCGUUCUGGAUGAAAAAUGCUGCUCAAGCUGAAGCUUCAACAGGUGGAGUUCGCUCAAUCGAGCAGGUAUCAGCAGUCAGGUGUGUGUGUGGGUUUACUGCUGCCGUGUUGGCUAGAGCUGUACCUACAAAUGCUUUUUGUACAGAACGAGGAUUUUAGGUUUUUACUGCAACAGAGUGAUUUCCUCUAAACCAGCUUGGUGAUGCCCAGUCCAGCCACACUUUACUCCAUUUAUAGAAGUCACUAAUUCUUACAGUCUCAGGACGGCCCUGACAGUUUGAAAAGUGAAAUCCUUAAUUCACACCUUUGUAAACAUUACUGGAUAAGUAUGAAGGAGCAAACAUGUUCAAGUCCUGAUCCACGUAUGACUCCAACAUAUUUGUCACCCCUGUCAUUUCAUUUCCACCACCAAGGAGAUGAUGUUUGGUGUUUAGAACAUGAGCUACCUAUUUUAUGAGCAUUUUCAGUAUCUUCUGUGCACUUCGUGAAACGAAAACAAAUCUGGCAAACGCAUCCCACGAUUGUCUUUCACUACAUGCAUUUUAGCGCAGAAUUGCGCCGCAGAAACUGUUGAAUGAACAGAAUCCUUCAAUCCAGCCCAGAGAUUCAAAUCUGGAAUUCCACAACAGAAAAUGUUCAGACGUUGAUUUUUGCUCAGUGUUCCUUCGAUGGUUUAAAGCGAUUCUUCGCUGAGAGCAUGCAUCACUUGUUUUGUUUGUAGCAAAGUAUUUUAGCAGUGAAGUAUGUUUUCCUCGGCCUGUUAUUGUGGGACACGCUCUGAAAAGUUUUUAACUGCUUAAAAAGGGAUGAACACUGUUUUUAUACUAAAUAUUUAUUGUAUGUUUAAUUUGGUUUUUCUUACUUCCCCGGUGUGUCGGACAGCUAAACAUUCAGUGCUGUUAAAGUUGCUCAGCAGAUAGAGUUUAUGUGCCAGGUGUAGGAGGUUGUAAAAUGCUCUGACGAGCUGUUCUCUGGUCCUGCUGUACAGACCUCUCAUCACUACCUGCACCACUUCCAACGAUUGUUUAGAUGCUCACAGUAUAUCCCACAAGCAUUGUAAUGUAACUACCUCCUAAUUUCCUCGUCUCAUGUCCUGUUGAAAUUGGACUGAUUUUAAUAUCAAGUAAAAUUAAUUAAUAAAG